UCUAAUUUUUUUUUUCGUAUUUAAUUUUCAUACGUUCAACUAACAAGAAGCACAAUGUGUGGAAUUGAUUGAACACACCCCAUGUGACACUUGUCAGAACAUAUGUUGACAAUUAUUGUCAAUAACAUUUUUGUUUUAUAACUUUAAGUUGGUCCGGUGUUUGAUAAAAAUAUAGUUAAUAAAAUGUGGCCAAUAAUAAUGGCAAUUUUACGCAGAAAUGCUGUCUAUAUUACACUUCCUGUAGCAGCGGUCGUUGGCUUUGUUGGUUAUAACUUAGAAAAUCUAAUUUCUGAUAAGUACACACCGUACAAUAAAUCAAUUCAAGAAGAUCGUAUGGAGCGGUUAACAGAAGAAGAUGUGUUAUUAAAUGCAGCUGACGUUGAGAAACUGGGACUGAAAUCAAAUGUAUUAGAGCGUAAUCUAUCUCCAUCGUUACAAAAGAGUACUUAAAAAUUGAUUAUGUUUAAACCAAUACCUAUUUUUGUUUAUAAUUUGUGCGCGUAAAUACAUAU